AUGCCCGGAGCCCAAUGUACUCUCAAUCAUCAGCAGCAGGACGGCAGGGAGGACGGCAGCAGGGAGGACGGCAGCAGGGAGGACGAAGGCAAGAGGAGCAGUGCAUCUGGUCCAUCUAAAUCCGACGACGAGCCCAUUACGUACUUCACAGCCCACAGCCGGCUGCGAUCGCAUCUUGAGGCGGUGGGGGACUCGGUGCUAGCACUCACGUGUGUGCUGCACCUCGUGCGCCAGCAACCACCCCUGUCCAUGUUUCCUUUCUUUGUUUCCCUCUCUAUCGUCCCCUCUCUACUUUCAUGCGUGAGCAACAGGAGUCUGGCGGGCAUAGGAGGGGGGGCGCUGGGCCUGCCGGCAGCCAUGCUGAGCUUCUCAGAUGCGCUGCUCAUGCAGGGCAAGCGCGCCAUGCUUAAAGGGGGGGACACGGUGGAGGGCCUGGAAGCAGCGUCAGCCUUUGUAACCCGCCUGCUGCCCUCGCUAGUGGACUCCCGCGCCACUCUUCCCCACGCACAGAAGCUGGAGUUUGGCCAUCAACUGCCGCAUGUGGGCAGUGUGACAGUGGGCGAAGCAGCAGCAGUGAGGAGAGUGCAGUCUGCAGCUGAGCAGAGUGGUCCUUCAGACCCCGUGAGCAGCACAGCAGUCAGCAGUCCCUGUGAGCUGACUUUUGCAAUCCCCGUGACUCGAUUGCAAGACCCGUCUCUCCAGCAACUGGGCCUCGCGCCGCAGUACUGGUGCGUGUGUGUGAAUGCACCGCUGUGUGUGAAUGCACCGCUGUGUGUGAAUGCACCGCUGUGUGUGAAUGCACCGCUGUGUGUGAAUGCACCGCUGUGUGUGAAUGCACCGCUGUGUGUGAAUGCACCGCUGUGUGUGAAUGCACCGCUGUGUGUGAAUGCACCGCUGUGUGUGAAUGCACCGCUGUGUGUGAAUGCACCGCUGUGUGUGAAUGCACCGCUGUGUGUGAAUGCACCGCUGUGUGUGAAUGCACCGCUGUGUGUGAAUGCACCGCUGUGUGUGAAUGCACCGCUGUGUGUGAAUGCACCGCUGUGUGUGAAUGCACCGCUGUGUGUGAAUGCACCGCUGUGUGUGAAUGCACCGCUGUGUGUGAAUGCACCGCUGUGUGUGAAUGCACCGCUGCGAGGAGGCACACAGGGGAAGGGCAACCCGCAGACACUGAGGCGAGGAGGCACACAGGGGAAGGACAACCCGCAGACACCCCACGUGACGGAGCGAGUGCGAGUGUAUACAGCAUGGAGAAGGAUGGGCACAGGCAUGGGGGCCUCCCUGCUCGAGAGUCCUCAUUCCUCCUCUAUCGCGCCCUCUCCCUGUCUCUAA